UCCCUCAUAUUUUAUCCAUAAGCAGUAAGCACAACUCUCCAAGCCUAGUUGUAAAAAACUGUUGGAUUUCAAUGGAUUCCGCAAUUCUCCAUUUUAAAUUUACCCACUCUGUCUCUCUCACCACUCUCUCUCUAUUAUUUCCUCGAGGAGAGAGGUUUUCCUCGGAAACCAAUCACUCCCCCAAGAGAGGACGAAAAGGAAAAUAAAUAAAAAAUGUCCGAAUCCGAUGAAGAGAACACCGCUACUCGCGCCUUCCCGGCGAAGUCAAAGGAGGCUGUGAACGUGCGAGAGGUGCUCAUGGACUUCGACCUCGACCUUGACAAUCCAUGGCCGAUGGAUCCGAUCGCCUUCAUCUCCAACAAUCCGAUGUCUCCUCUCGUCUUCUCAUCCGGCGACCUGCCCUGCUCUCCUCUCUGGGCCUUCUGCGACGCCGACAACGAAGAGAAGCUCGCCCGACACGUCAACUCCGCCAUCGCUGAUUCCUCUCGGUUGCUUUCUUCCUGUAAUUCUAAUACGGCAGCAGAAAGGCAAGCAGAGAACGAAGGUAACAAACCAGUUCCCUCCCCAUUUUUGGGAUUGUUACCAGUUGACAAUCCAGAUGGGUAUUAUUUACUAAAAGAGAGGAUGACUCAGGCACUUCGGUACUUGAAGGAGUCAACUGACCAGCAUGUUCUUGCUCAAAUUUGGGCACCGGUAAAAAGUGGGUGUCGGUAUGUACUCACAACUUCAGGGCAACCCUUUGUUCUUGAUCCUGAUAGUAAUGGACUCCAUCAGUAUAGGAUGGCAUCUGUGAUGUAUAUGUUUUCUGUGGAUGGGGCCAAUGGUGUACUUGGGCUACCUGGUCGUGUUUUCCGGCAAAAAUUGCCUGAAUGGACCCCGAAUGUUCAGUAUUACUCCAUCAGGGAGUACCCACGGCUGGAUCAUGCUCAGCAUUAUAAUGUGCGGGGAAGUUUGGCAUUGCCCGUGUUUGAACCUUCUGGACAGUCCUGCAUCGGUGUACUUGAGCUUAUAAUGACUUCUGAGAAGAUCAACUAUGCACCUGAGGUUGAUAAAGUCUGCAAAGCUCUCGAGGCAGUCAACUUGAGAAGUGCGGAGAUAUUAGAUCAUACAAGCCCACAGAUAUGUAAUGAAGGCCGCCAAAAUGCGUUGACUGAAAUUUUGGAGAUCCUGACAGCGGCCUGUGAAACUCACAAACUACCCAUGGCUCAGACCUGGGUUCCAUGCAUGCAUCGAAAUGUUUUGGCCUAUGGAGGUGGCCUGAAGAAAAGCUGUACUAGCAUUGAUGGGAGUUGCAUGGGACGAGUCUGCAUGUCCACAACUGAUGUGGCUUUCUACAUCGUAGAUGCUCAUAUGUGGGGUUUCCGAGAGGCAUGUCUUGAGCAUCACUUACAAAAGGGGCAAGGGGUUGCUGGGAGGGCGUUCUUGUCUCGUAACUCAUGCUUCUGCGGAGACAUCACUCAGUUUUGCAAAAAUGACUACCCGUUGGUGCACUAUGCGCGCAUGUUUGAAUUAACUAGCUGUUUUGCAAUCUGCUUGCAGAGCAGCCAUACUGGAAAUGACAAUUACGUUCUAGAAUUUUUUCUUCCCCCGACUAUCACAAACCCUUCUGAACAACAGGCUUUAUUGGGUUCCCUAUUCGCCACAAUGAAGAAGCAUUUCCAGAGUCUGAAAGUUGCUUCUGGAUAUGGACUUGAGGAGGAAGGGUUUGUGGAAGUCAUCAAAGUUUCUGAAAUGGAGGGACAUGUAUCAACAUUGGAACGGAUUCAGGUAGCCCAAUCUGCAGAGUCUCCACCUCGACCUAGUGCUUUAGCAAAUGGAGGAGAAAUGGCGCAACGAGAUUUGUCAAAACAGCAAUUGACUGCAGACUCUAGUGCGGCAAAUGGUGUACAUGAUGCUGUUCUUGAUGGUGGAAACAUGAAUCAAGUACCAAAUCCGGAGAAUAGAGACACAAAGAAGCCAUCAGAGAGAAAGCGUGGGAAAACUGAGAAAUCAAUUAGUCUGGAGGUUCUUCAACAAUACUUUGCGGGGAGCCUUAAAGAUGCUGCAAAAAGUCUUGGUGUUUGCCCUACUACAAUGAAACGCAUUUGUAGGCAGCAUGGAAUCUCCCGCUGGCCGUCUCGCAAAAUCAACAAGGUUAAUCGUUCGCUUACUAAGCUAAAACGUGUAAUUGAAUCAGUCCAAGGUGCUGAAGGGGCAUUUGGGUUAACUCCUCUUGCUACAAGUCCACUUCCUGUCCCCGUUACUUCUGUUUCUCGGCCUUCUAUCUCAAACGGGACUAAUCAGCAUAAUUCACCGAAUCAUCAAACCUGUGACCCCCCUAUGGAAAGGAAAGAAUCACCAUCCACUUCUUCACCAAGAAGAGAGGGACAAGUUGGAAUGGAAGAUCAAUGGCAGCGAGUGGGGAUAUUAGGUCAGAAAGAACUCAUCCAUGAAAACGGGGGAUAUUUUUUCCCCGAAGUUAAUAAUAAUAAAGGCUCAAACCAGUCGAAAUCAGCCAGUGGUUCAAGGGAAGCGAGUGUUGGGACACCCACUUCGCAUGGUUCAUGCCAAGGUAGUCCUGCAAAUGGAACUGUAAUGGCAAAGGAUCCGUUCAUUUCUUCCAUUCAUGAACAAUGUGUUAAAGUAGAUGGCUCUCCUGAGUCAGCUCUACAACCUACGGGUGAACUACAGUUUCCAGUUGCACAAUCGAUACCAGAUGCUCUUGUGGCAGUUGAAUCUGAAGAACUGUUUAGAGGAAUGCUAAUUGAGGAUGCUGGGAGUUCAAAAGAUUUGAGAAACUUGUGUCCUGCAGCUGCAGAUGCGAUUUUGGACGAACCAGUUCCAGACCAAUAUUGUUGGAUAAACCCCCCGUGCUCUGAAUUAGCUCCCAAGCAGACGACGGGCAUUAUUGCUCAAACUACGCCGAAUGUUAAAGUUGGGCAAGAGAUGAGAAGUGUGACUAUUAAGGCUACAUAUAGAGAAGAUAUUAUAAGGUUUAGAAUACCCACAAGUUCUAGCAUUGUGGAGCUGAAAGACGAAGUGGCAAAGAGAUUGAAAUUGGAGGUAGGUACUUUUGAUAUCAAAUAUAUGGACGAUGACCAAGAGUGGGUUCUGAUAGCCUGUGAUGCUGACCUUCAAGAGUGCAUGGAUAUUUGCAGAUCAUCAGGGUGCAAUAUGAUAAGACUCUUAAUUCAUGACAUAAUGCCUAAUCUUGGCAGCUCCUGUGAGAGCACUGAUGAGUGAACAUUAGCUUGUAAAUAUUAUAGUCAUAUCUUAUUUAACUUUUUUUUUUUUUUUUUUUUUUUUGGUAGGAUGCUGGGAAGAUGUAAGUGACUUAACUGUAUAUUUUGGUAUCUAGGUCUUGCUUGAGCUAGGAAUUUUUUGAGUGAAAUUGUAGAAAUCCCAGUGGUCUGUAAUUGCCCACUUUUUUGUGUAACUGUCUUAUAUUACAUGGAAAAGGAAUAAUUUCGUUGUAAU